CCCUUCUCUCGCUCUUUCUCCCACCUCAUAUUUGCCAGUAUACCAGCAAUCACCGACUGGCAACCAACUAGAGCAUUGUGUCUUCUUGGCGAAGACAGCGAGAGUAGGAAGAGACAGACAGGACAGUGAAAGAGAGAGACUGAGAGAGAGAGAGAGAGAGAGAGAGAGAGAGGUGAGACCGACAUAUGGACGGGGGGACGGCAGAGACUCAAACCAUCCAUCUCCAUGUCUUUGUUCAAAGGAGCAACUUCACAACAAAAAACAAAUAAGUGCGUUUUUAUUGUCUUUCGGUCUCAUUCUGACUUCAUGUCUUUGUAAACAUUUAGGAUUUUUCUUCUUCUAAUUAUUCAUUUUUAUAAGAGAUUGAGGAGUGUUUUAAGUGGUGUCAGACAGUUUGAGUCCAAUUUGAUCUUAAAGAUUGACAGACAGACACUGACAGGCUGCAGUGGAGUGUGAGCGAUCUGAGGAGGAGGAGGAAGGGGGGGAGGAGGAGGAGGUUAAACACUGAGGAGAUACACCAUGUGCGUUCACAGAUCACUUGAACUCUGAUGGAUUUUGCAUGACAGACCUGCCACACUGGAUGCCAUAAUGUAUCUACUCUUUGAUAUCAAUCCAAUCUUCAGCGGUCUGGGACAUUUUGAAUGCUUUAAAGGACUUUGACUCACAUCCUCAAAAUACACACAGACAGACAGAUAGAUGGACAGACUCAUUAAGAGCAGCCACCGGAGACUCAUUCAGACCCUACCACUUGCUGCUCAGGAUGUACUGUGAGAAAAAUCAACUCCAAAUCAGACCACAGCAACCACCCUGGCUCCACACUGCACCCAGAGACGAUACCACAGAAAUAGUCGUCCAUUAAAGACUGCAAGGACUGCAACACACAGAAAUGAAGACUUGUUGUUUCACUGGCAGCUUCUUCAACGGGAAUGAAUACAGCUCAUAUUUACUCACACUCUAGAUAGACAGCCAACAGAGGCUAGAAUCAUAGAAGACUCACAACCAUAAGAGCAACCGAUGGAUUUCCGGUUGGCCAGAGGAAAAUUUACAUUUUUAGUGAGGUAGAUCUGCUCAAUAUUGUAUCCUCUGCUGGAAGCAAAACAAAGGAAAAGGAAACAAAGGGUUAUAAGUUGCCUAUAUGGAAAAGCCACAUAUAAGCAAGGAGAGGUUUAAAGGGCUCUGUAGGACAAGCGGCAGGUGGUUUACACGAUCAAUUGUUACUCUCACACACAUAUAAAGACACCAUUAGGACAAGACACGCUGACACACACUAACACUGAGAGCACAUGCUAAGCAGCUGAGAGUAACAGGAGCUUGGCUCAGACUGGGAUUCCCCUCGAGAGACUUCACCACCAUGAUGGAAAAGCUGAACCCCACCAGCCCACCGGCCUCACCAGCCGACCUACCUCGUCCCUCCUCCUCUUCCUCCGCCUCCUCUCCAUCCUGUGCCUCCGUUGAGCAGAACAGUCCCCUCCAGAACAAGACUUUCUCUGAUGCUAUCAGCAGCCCACACCUUGCUAACAAGAAAGAGCACAAGGGACACACGUAUGUCCCCACAGCUGCCUCAAUUCCGUCUCCAACUGCCACGACAACGGCGUUAAACAUUCACCUCACAGAUACAGCUGCGCCACCUGAGCCCAUUGUCAUGGAGACCGAGGAGGAGGAGAAGCGAGGAGGACCAACGACCACCGCUGGCCCCGCUGCUUCUGCCAACGGGUCCCCAACUGUUUCCUCUCCACCCCCGCUCCUCCCGGCACCAGCCAAAACUUCCCCAUGCCCUCUACGACCUCUAGCCUCCAAUGCAUCCUUCCCUACGUCCUCGUCACCCUCUCCUCUUCCUCCACACAUUCCAGUCAUCAGUCUCGGUCACAGCAAACCCCUUCUCCCACUCUCCAAUACCCCUUUGACUGCCCUCCACCCAAUUCCCAAUCUCCUACACGGGCCCCAUGGGGACCUCCGCCGCAGUCAGCUAACCUGUUUGCCUGUGGCCAGCCCUGCAGCUUCUGGAGCUCCUGUAGGUUCUGUUGGGCCUUCAACUCCCUCUCCAGGACCCCUGUUGCCUCAGCAUUACAUGCCUGCACACCCCUUCUUCACCAGUUCUUACCUGGGUCCCUCAGGAGGAAACUAUGGUGUCAUCAACAACAGCCGGAUCAAGAGAAGACCCUCGUCACACUUUGAGAUGGAGAUUAACGAAUGCCCUCCUCAGAAAAUCGCUCGCCGUGUCUUCACCAACAGCCGUGAGCGCUGGCGACAGCAGAAUGUGAACGGGGCUUUCUCUGAGCUGAGAAAACUCAUUCCCACACACCCACCUGACAAGAAGCUCAGCAAAAAUGAAAUCCUCCGCCUGGCUGUGAAGUACAUCAAUUUCUUGGUCACUCUGCUCAAUGACCAGGCACAAGACAAGAGUGGGGACUCAGCUGAGGACUCAGCAGAGGACGAAAGCACCACCAUUGGGUUGGACGGCAAUAAAAGGAACCCCCUUUUUCAAUGCAACACUCCUCCUCAGUCCGAUGCUGCUCCGCCAUCCUCAGCCCAUCCCGCCUUGGCAACAGUCCGCAGAGACAGAGACUCAACUGACUCAGUCACGGCUCUGGCCUCCCCAGCAACAUCCAGUUGCUAUGGUGACACGGACAGUGAGGAAAGCUUUGGGGCAAAGACCUCUUUGGUGACCCAUGGCAUUCUCGGAAAGGUCAAGGGUCAGAUAAGAAUGGUGGCAUCAACAAAUGAUGAGCGGUGACACCAAAAGACAGCAAACAAAGAGGUGUGCAGCCACUGGGAAUUUAAAUGUCACACUGACAGACUGGACAGGACACACAAUCAUCGCCAGAUACAAAAAGUAGUGUGAAUAAGUAAGAAAUGGAUUUUUGGUGGCAUUUUGUAGUUUUAACUGUCUCUGUGUUGUCUCUGCGACAUGUGCAAACAUUGAGUGUUAAGCUCUGUAUUUUAGCAUAAUACUGAACUCUGCUCUGGGGCAAGUUGAGAGGCAUGAAGCAACAAAUAGGUGAUUUCUACGUGUAAAUCUAAUAAUCCUUUCUUGGUCAAGAAAUUCAAGGUCUUCCAUUCCUCCUCUGUAGACCCAUGAACAUGUUAAAUCUCUCAUAAGAGGCCUAAAAAAGCUGAUUUUUUUUUGUUCCAGUCCAAAUUAAAAUAACAUGUAAAUAACCAGCAUUGCCCCAGUACAGUUAUGGUAAACUAAAGUGCAACAUGCUCUAUUGUUCCUGCAGAGAGGUGCAUGACAUGCAUUCAUGAAUUGGAGUUGCAGUGUUUAAUGUUGCUGCCGUUCUUAUUGUCAGAGAAGCAGGGUCGAUGGUCGCACCCUGACAUUGUGACACACUUGUACCAGACAGAAAUAAAGUGUGUUUUAGUUUGCUGUUCCUUA